CAUUCACCAAUCAAUCUACUCUCUCUUCUGCUUGUCAUGUGGUUGGCUGCUAAUUGUCAAUUUUAUUAUCAAUAUGCUAACUGUAUUGAGAAUAUCUAACAGCCACUCACAAAGGAAUCUACUCUCUCUUCUGUUUGUCGCCAACCAAAUCAAUCUGCAAUUCAAUCUCCAUCCCCCCACCUCUUCUUCACCCUCUGCUGUGCACGCAGACAGAUACUCAUGGAAGACGCGGUGCUAUCAGCCUUUUCACAGGUCAUAUUCCAGACUGUACUUGAUUCGCUGCUGAAGGAGCUGAGAUCGCACCGUGGACUUCAGAAAGAAUUGAGGAAUCUCACAACCACUGUCCAAAUGAUUCAAGCUGUCCUCAAGGAUGCGGAAGAAGGAGAGCAGAAAGAAAAUGCAGCGAAAUUGUGGCUUGAUGAGCUUAGGGAUGUUGCAUAUGAUGCGAUUGAUGUGUUGGAUGAAGUUGCUACAGAAGCUCAACGCCAGCAGUUGAUCCCAUGCGCGCAGGUACGCAACUCCUUAUCUGUAGUUAACCCCAAGCGUUUUCAGUUUAGGCAUGGGAUAUCCAAUAAGAUCAAAGAAAUAGAGCAGAGGCUGGAAUUUGUUCGAAAAAGGCAGCAUGCACUCGGCUUAAGACGGGCAGAUGUUUCAAGGCAUCAUGGGGAGGGCAGCGAACUCCUUCAGACCACCUCAAUGAAUUCAACAGAUGCUUUGGGUCGGGAACAUGAUAAACAGAGAAUUGUUGAGAGGUUGACAUCAUCAGAUGGGGUGGUCGAAGCUGGAAUUUCGGUACUUCCUGUACUUGGGAUGGGCGGUCUGGGCAAGACGACACUCGCUCAGCUAGUCUACAAUGAUGAGAUUGUGGAAAAGCAUUUUGAAUUGAGGUUAUGGGUUCAUGUGUCCCGUGAUUUCAAUGUUGUUAAGCUUACCAAAGCCAUAAUAGAAUCCAUAGAUAGUUUUGUAUGUGAUAACACCAACCUAGACACUCUUCAGAAACAUCUUCAGAAGAAACUAAAUGGGAGGAGAUACCUGCUCGUCUUGGAUGACGUUUGGAAUGAAAGCCUGCAAGAGUGGAAGAGGCUGAGAGUCCCCUUACUGUCUGGGGCAAGAGGAAGUAAGAUAUUGGUGACUACAAGGAUCAAGGAAGUCGCAGAAAUGAUGGGCACCACAACUUACAUUUUGCAUGGUUUAUCAGAUGAUGACUGCUGGUCUUUGUUUUGCCAGUAUGCAAUGGGCCAUUACACACAUUCAUAUUCCUAUCUAGAUAAGAUUGGGAAAGAAAUUGUGAAGAAGUGCAACGGAUUGCCUUUAGCAGCAAUAGCUAUGGGUCAUAGGCUGAGCAAGGUAACUGACUGGAGCAAGUGGGAAAGUAUUCUACAAAAUGAGAGGUGGGAAUUCUCUGGUGGGAAUAGUGACAUUUCGCGAGCUGUUGGUUCGAGCUAUCAGCAAUUGCCUGCACAUCUCAAGCCAUGUUUUGCAUAUUGUUCCAUAAUUCCAAAAGGUUUUGUGUUUGAGAAGGAGUUCAUAGUCCAACUGUGGAUGGCACAGAAUUUUAUUCAGCCCAGAGGAGGAGAACGGAUGGAAGACAUAGGUUCCAGCUACUUUGAUUCGCUUGUGCAAUGGUCAUUCUUCCAGCUCUCACAUUUUGACUAUAAGAGUGGCCAACCUAGAUACACGAUGCAUGAUCUUAUUCAUGACUAUGGACAACAUGUGUCGGCAGGGGACUGUUGUACUAUGGAGCUUGGCAAACAAUACGAUUUCUCUGAAAAGACUCGGCACUUGUCAUUGAUCUAUGACCAGUUUGUAAGGAAUGACUCCACGCACUCACGUUCAUCUACUCAAAGGAGUAUAUUUGAUACACUUUAUGGAUUGAAGGGUUUGUACACACUUCUACUUGUCAGGAAUUCCACAUCCGAUAGCUUGAUAAUCCCUGAUAACUUUGGUGUGAAAUUGGGAAGCCUGCGUACUUUGGAUCUGAGCAAUUCUGGCCUGAGUGUUCUACCAGAAUCAAUCGGUGAUUUGAAGCAUCUUCGGUGCCUCCAGCUUCGAAACACAAAUAUUACAAGGCUGCCAGAAUCAGUGGGUUGCCUUUACAACCUUCAAACUUUGGGGCUUCGAAAUUGUUAUUACCUUGAAGACUUGCCUGUGGACAUGAAAAAUCUGCGAAAGCUAAGGCACCUUGAUCUGCAUCUUGAUGAUGAUUCGCUGAUGAUGGCGCAGGAAGCUAUGCCUAGAACACACAGGUUAAGAUCGAUGCCACCAGAAAUAGGACUACUACGCGAUCUCCAAACAUUGUCGAGAUUCAUCGCAAGUACAAAGGCUGGUUGUGGGGUAUCAGAGUUGCAGGACUUGAAUGACAUCCAUGGGGAAUUUCUCAUCUCAAACCUCCAACUUGUUCCAAGUGCAGAAGAACCUGUGAAGGCACAUUUAGCAAGCAAGCAAUACAUUCAGAAGUUGGAGUUACGGUGGAGUUAUGCUAUGGGAGUUGGACAGCAAGUUCUAGCCAGUCUCCAACCUCACACUAACCUCAAAGAGCUUGCAGUUGUAGGCUACGGUGCCACAAUAUUUCCAUCUUGGAUGGGAUCUUCUUCCUUUUCAAAUCUAGUGACUUUAAGGCUCUCUGAUUGCAAGAACUGUGAAACUCUCCCACCUCUUGGACGGUUGCCUAUGUUGAGAGAUCUUUAUAUAAAAGGCAUGGACGGAGUGAAGCUUGUAAAUUGUGCAUUUUGUGGCGGCCACGGCAAUAGGACCUUUCCAUCUCUCCAAAAGCUACAUUUUGAGAGCAUGCGCAGCUUGCAGGUAUGGGAUGGAAAUGAUGGCUGUGAACUCCCUUGCCUUCGUGAGCUUGUUAUUAAGGACUGCAUUGAUUUGCGGCAGCUCAUCCACAAUCUUCCUUCCUUGAAAAUAUUAAGGAUGCAAGGUUCCCCAUGGUUGAUUGGCUUGCCAAGGUUCCCGUCACUUCAUUCCUUGGAAGUGAAGGCGAGUGGUGACUGGAUUUGGAAGUCAUGGCCCUGUCUUGCUUCACUCUCCUCCCUCACCCUCUGUUGGUUGCCAACAAGUACCUUUCCCUCAGGACUACUUAGCAGUCAUGCCUCUUUACGUCGCCUGGAAAUCAGUCACUUGGACCAAUUGUUAUCAUUGCCCGAUGAUGGGCUUCCUAGAGGCCUUGUCUAUUUUGGAAUUAAGCACUGUCCUCAGCUUAAGUCUCUGCCCAAUGGACUUCAAGAACUUGAAGCAUUAGAAGAAUUGGAAAUUCAUGAUUGUGAGCAGCUUACACACUUACCAGAAGGGCUCAGGAACCUAAACUCUCUCAUUCGCCUUGCGAUAUCAGACUGCCCAGGUCUCCGGUCCUUGCCAACUGAUGGUCUUCCCCCUUCUGUUGAGUUUUUGAGCAUCAACAACUAUCCUAAUCUCCAUUGAAGUGCCAAGUUGGAGAUCAAGACUGGCCAAAGAUCAUGCACAUCUUCUUGGGGUUUGAUAAACAGCCCAUGGUUUCUUCCUUUUGGCUCUGAUGUAUCAUUCAUGGAUGACACAUUGAUCCAGGCCAUGAAACCAAGAUGAGGAAGCCAAGGACUGAGCCCAAGAUUGCAAACAUCAUCUUAGUGUGAAUAGGCAAAGAACUGGUAGUUUCUGCCACUCAGCUCCAGCAUACAAUGUCGGUGGAUAUCCAAGGUUAAGGCACAUAUCAAAUCGCUUCAUUGUUUUGCUUCAGGAAGAAAAGAAAAUUCAUUGUGGCCUUGGCUUAAUAUUGCAAUUUACUGGAUUAAGUAUAAUAAAACAUGUAAAUUUGCUUACAUUGUUUUUUAUAGGUCUAUAUUGAAAAAUAACCAGCAGUAGUGAUUAUGGAGCUCAACUUCAUCUUUCAUACUUUGUGAGCUCUGGAUAUCUGAAAGUUGAUAUGCAAUCCUUAUUUAUCAUGAUUAUCAAGUG